AUGCGAUCCUCCGCUCGUCCGGAGAGGCUUCUUGGUGGAGCCAUCCAAGCGGAUGCGGCGGAGCGUCACAGGAAGACGGCGGUGGACGAAGCGACGGCCACUGCUGAGGCCAAGAAGGUGGUCGAGAUGGCUGAGAUGGAGGAAGCGGCGAGAGUCGCCGCCGAAGCCGAGCGUCGGGAAGAGACCGAGAGACAGAGGGAGGGGGAAGAGCAUGAUUCUGGCGACGAAACCGACUCUGAUGAAGACGAAGGAGCGGGGCCGUCAAGCCAAGCGAGACUCGAGGGCAUCCCGGAUGUAAUCAAGAUGCCGAGUCGUACGCCGCCUACGGGCCUAACCACGAUGGGAGGUCGUGGAUGA